CGUUUAGCCCCGAAUGUCCGAGUAACCAAAAAGACAUCUCGGUCCAACCACCGAGUACACCUACUACAAACAUCCAGGGCGCUCUCUUGUCUCUGCCACACAACACACACAAGUACGCAGACAUGUCUAGAUCCUCCCUGAUCACCGUCCUCCUCGCCAUGAUCACCGUGCUGGCAACCACGACGGUGCAGGCGGACUCGCCGGUCUGCGCGUACCCGUGCCUCCCUUCACCAAACUCCGGUGGCAUCAUCAACAGUUACCCGCCACCGCCACCAGCAGCAACCGAUGGUGGCGCCGGCGGCGGCUUCGGCGGCAGCUACCCGCCGCCACCGCCUGGGGGCUUCCCGCUAUCCCCGCCUGGUGUCAUGCCGGGUUUCCUCCCGCCGCCGUACAGCGCCGUCCCGGCCGGGCCAGCUCCACCGCCGCCGAACCCGGUCCUGCCGUGGUUCCCCUGGUACUACCAGCACGACAACCCGAUCACUGGGUCCACCACGUCGGCGUCCCCGCCACCGGCCGUGCACCGGAGGACGACGAGCAUGGUUGCCCUGCUGCUCCAUCUGUGUCUGGUGAUUCUUCUUCGGGCGUCGUAGAGUACUUGUCGGCAGGAGAGUCUGUUAAUUAAUUUAAGUUUCUCAUGCUGAUCGAACUUGCUCUUGUUUUUUCGAGGAUGGAACUUGCUCUUGUUAAUUGCGCAGAUGUUAUAUUUUGGGUUCUUUUUAUGUACGAGCUUGUAGAAAAGCUUACCACUAUCGUCCUUAAUCAUAGAUUAUACACUGUUCUCGAGUAUAUAUAUGCAGAUCGACUACGCAUGAUGUAAAUUUCUGAGGUAACUAUUGUAGUUUUUAUA